AAAAUUCCAUUCAUUAAAACGGAAGAUAGAGGGUGGCGUGGCCCCUUUUCACCGAGACGGGAAAGAGAAGAGCACUGAUAGCUGCUAGGGUUAGAAUACCCAGUUCGAUUCUCUCCAUCGGAACUCGAAAGCUUCGGCUCCAUUCACUCGCCAGCAUUUGAUGAGAGAUGAAUUCAUUCUCGGUUACACGGAAAAAAACUCCUUUCCAGAAGCAUAGAGAAGAGGAGGAAGCAAAGAAAAAGAGGGCGGAAGAUGAAACAGCCCGUUUGUAUCAAGAGUUUGUAGAGUCAUUUCAAGGGGAGACAGGUUCUAAAGCAUUUGUUAGAGGAGGGACAAUCAAUCCCAAUGAAAAACUGAAGAGUGAUUCUGAAGGUGGAAAUUCCAAAGAUGGGGUAUCUGGUUCAAAGAAGGGGAGUAGGUACGUUCCAUCUUUCUUACCACCUCCUUCAUCCAAGGGAAAAGAAUAUGAGAAGAAGAAGGAGGAGGAGAAGCCGAAAGAGAGAGAGAAAGGGAAGUCAAGGAACAUUGAUCAUUUUAUGGAGGAGUUGAAGCAUGAACAAGAAAUGAGGGAAAGGCGGAACCAGGAGCGUGAACACUGGCGUGAUGGGCACCACAGCGAAAAUUCUGCCCCAUCCAGCCGAUUUGAUGAACUGCCUGAUGACUUUGAUCCAAGUGGGAAGCCUGGAUCAUUUGAUGAUGGAGAUCCGCAAACUACAAACCUUUAUGUUGGAAAUUUGUCCCCUCAGGUGGAUGAGAAUUUUCUUUUGCGGACUUUUGGAAGAUUUGGGCCUAUUGCUAGUGUGAAAAUAAUGUGGCCUAGGACUGAGGAGGAACGUAGGCGGCAAAGAAAUUGUGGCUUUGUGGCUUUCAUGAACAGAGCUGAUGCACAGGCUGCAAAGGAUGAAAUGCAAGGUGUUGUUGUUUAUGAAUACGAGUUGAAGAUUGGGUGGGGUAAAUCUGUGGCUCUUCCAUCACAAGCACUGCCUGCUCCUCCUCCAGGACAUAUGGCCAUCAGGAGUAAGGAGGGAGGCACUGUAAUCUUGUCUGGUCCCUCUGGUCCACCAGUUACUUCUCUCCCAAGCCAGAAUUCCGAGUUGGUUCUUACUCCAAAUGUUCCUGAUAUUAUGGUUGUUGUUCCUGAAGAUGGCCAUCUUCGGCAUGUAAUUGAUACAAUGGCACUGUAUGUUCUUGAUGGAGGUUGUGCUUUUGAACAAGCUGUAAUGGAAAGAGGCCGUGGGAACCCUCUAUUUAGCUUCUUGUUUGAGCUUGGCUCAAAGGAACAUACAUAUUAUGUUUGGAGGCUGUAUUCAUUUGCUCAGGGGGACACUCUUCAGCGGUGGCGAACUGAGCCUUUCAUCAUGAUAACUGGGAGUGGGAGAUGGGUACCACCAUCACUGCCAACAGCAAAGAGCCCAGAGCUUGAAAAGGAGUCUGGAACUACGUAUGCUGCAGGAAGAAGCAGGCGCUUGGAGCAAGAACGAACACUCACUGAUGCACAGAGAGAUGAAUUUGAAGAUAUGCUCCGUGCCUUGACAUUAGAGAGGAGUCAGAUAAAGGAAGCUAUGGGUUUUGCUUUAGAUAAUGCUGAUGCAGCUGGAGAGGUGGUUGAAGUUUUAACUGAGUCUUUGACACUUAAAGAAACCCCAAUACCAACUAAAGUUGCAAGGCUCAUGCUUGUUUCAGACAUUCUUCACAAUAGUAGUGCCCCUGUUAAGAAUGCUUCUGCUUACCGCACCAAAUUUGAAGCAACUCUGCCUGACAUAAUGGAAAGCUUUAAUGACUUGUAUUGCAGUAUAACAGGAAGAAUCACUGCUGAGGCCCUUAAGGAACGGGUUCUGAAAGUUCUCCAAGUAUGGGCUGACUGGUUUCUAUUUUCUGAUGCAUAUGUGAAUGGAUUACGAGCUACAUUUCUGCGAUCUGGGAACUCUGGUGUGGUUUCUUUUCAUGCUAUAUGUGGUGAUGCACCAGAUAUAGAAAAGAAGAAUAGCUCUGAGGAUACAGGUGAUGGAGGGGUAAACCAAGAUGCUGAGCUGGCAAUGGGGAAAGGAGCAGCCAUGAAGGAGCUUUUAAGUCUGCCCCUUGGUGAGCUGGAAAGAAGAUGUAGACACAAUGGAUUAUCCCUUGUUGGUGGUAGGGAGAUGAUGGUUGCAAGAUUGCUUUAUUUGGAGGAGGCAGAGAAGCAGAGGGGCUAUGAACUAGAUGAUGACUUGAAAUAUUCACAAAGCCUACCAACUUCAGGUAGAUACUCAAGCGGGCGAAAGGAAACACAUAUUGACAUGGAGCCCAUGGGAUUGUCAGGAUGGAAUCAUUAUGGGGAGGAUGGGAUUCAUCCACAAGGCAAAGCACCUAUACCAUUUACCUCACCCAUUGCUAUUCCACAGCCUGAACUAAAAGCUUUUGCAAAUAAAGGAAAAACUGAUAAUGUUUUGCCAGCUUCUAAAUGGGCCAGAGAGGAUGAUGAAAGUGAUGAUGAACAAAGGAGAAGCCCUAGGAAUCUGGGGUUAAGUUAUUCAUCUUCUGGGAGUGAGAAUGCUGGCGAUGCUUUUAAAAGGGCAGAGGAGAUGGAGCUUGCAACUGAUACAAGCAUUUCUGCACAGCCUGAUAAUGGAAUGAAUGAGGAACAAAGACAAAAAUUGAGACGUCUUGAGGUUGCUUUGAUGGAAUAUCGUGAAUCUCUAGAAGAGCGAGGAGUGAAAAAUUUCGAGGAAAUUGAGAGAAAAGUUGCAAAUUAUAGAAAACGGCUACAAUCUGAAUAUGGGCUAUCAGAUUCUGGUGAUGAUGUUUCAGCCAGCAAGAGAUCCUCAUUGGAGAGGAGGGAGAGAAAAAAUGAUUCUCGGGAAUCUUCAAGGAAGCGGCACCGGAGCCAGAGUCGAAGUGAGAGCCCGCAGUGGAAAUCAUCUAGCAAAGAAAGGGAGAAGGAAGGUGAAGGGGACAGGGAUCGAGAAAGGCACCGGGACAGAGACCGAGAUAGAGUUCACGACCCUGAAACUGGGAGAGCAAGGGACCGGGAGAAGAGUGGAAGCAGGGAGAGAGAUGAGCAGGACAGAGAGCGGGGCAAAGAGAGAGACAGGGAUAGGAGGAGAAGGGUGAAAUGAGAGAGCAAACUUGACGGCAAUGCGUUAAUGCUGCGACUGCAGUCCUGUCAUGAAUUAUGUUUCCGAAACUGGUCUGGUGACGAAAAGAUACCUCAGUUCAGCCAGUAUUUUUCCUCCUCCAAGAUGAAACUGGGAUGGAUAGGAAAAUGUAAUGUGACCAGGAAUGACAUCUGCGAUAUUACAAAAGGUUGCAUGACCUGAAAUGUUACCAUUAACCUGAAACGUUACCAGCUGGUUGUAUUUUGUUUAGGGAACUCUCGUAGAUGUUGGGUGUAUUCAAGUGUAGAAGUGAAGAAGUGGAGACUUUGUUGCCAGAUCUGCUUGUUUUCCUUGACAUUAUCCUUUUGAUUAGUAAAAAUCACUGCCUCUAAUACCCAUCAGUUUUCAUGCAUU